AUGGAUUCUGAUGAUGAACUCCAGCUUUCUGCUUCGACUCUAGCUGCCCUGCAAGAAUUUCAAAGAGAAGAAAAGGCUAGAAAGGAGGAGUUUGAAAAGCUUUCAGCGAAAGCAGAGGAAGACUUUGACAAUGUUAAUGCAGGUAUAGAUGCUUUUCAAGAAGACUGGAAUUUGUCACAGUUUUGGUAUGAUGAUAAAACUGCAAACUUAUUAGCGGAUGAACUUUUAGAUGGUGCAAAUGAAUCUACUCGUAUUAUUAUUGUCAGUGCACCAUCUGUGUAUGGAGCGUUGUCCAAACGUGCUAAAGAAACUUGGCCAACCAAGGAAAUUUAUCUUCUAGAAUACGAUGACCGAUUCAAGGUGCUAGCUAAGGAUAAGUUUCAUCAUUACGACUUUGCCAGACCAUUGGACCUCCCAAAAGAGCUUGCAGGAAGCUUCGACAGAAUCUUGAUUGACCCACCUUUCCUUUCUGAAGACUGUCAAACUAAGGGUAAGUUAAAGUAUAGGUUUGGUCACUGGCUAUUAGAGGUUAGAAAGGUGACGAGAUUUAGGAUUAGUAGUUCCUCUCAGUUACUAUAUCUACAAUAUGGAUAA